UUGAAUUGCCAUGUGCAGCGUGAUAUUUUAAAAAAACUCUGUUUCUAUUAACUCCUGUGGCAUAGCUAGCGUUAGUUUAAACUGGAAAGGGUGCAGACUGUAACAUAUUACAAAUACGCACGAUUAUAUAGGAGUCGGAUAGGUGGCUGUACUGAGACAGGAAAGUGGAUGCUGCAUUUAAACAUGUUUCAGCUGAUACAAACUGGACUGCAAAAGGUGAUGACCUAUUGAGGACGUCAAAAUAAGCAAAUUACACCAUUGUGCAUUGAUUAAACAUUAUUAUUGACGUCUGCUUGACAUAACCAUGUCGGACAUUACGAUCAACUUGUGCUCUUCUGAUGACACAGCACAGAGGAGAACACCAGCAGGAAACCGAAAGAGGAAAAACAUCUGGCAUCGUAGGAAGAUGCAGUAUUUAGAGCGCAAGGGCUACAUGGAAGGUAAACAUAACUACAACCACAGAAUGGAACAGUACAGACAUGACCAAGGCCCACCACGCCCAAACGGAGCAGCCGCACAGCGCCCGUCACUUCCCACUUCCACACACAACAAAAAUAUACCUCAUCCGAGCAGCACAGCCGGCGCCUCACACUGUAGCUCCAAGCCUUCAACAUCCACACACAGCAUGCCUUCCUUUACUGCCACUGUGGACAGAAUAGGCCACCAAGAAAAGCCAAAGGGACCAGUGAACACAGAGUCAACAGCCGCCACACCCUCAGUAUCAAGCAACUGUAAACCCACAGCCAAACAGACAUCAACAGGAAUCCCCACAAAGUACCUCGCUAUCGACUGUGAGAUGGUGGGAACGGGACCAAAGGGGAGCAUCAGCCAGCUUGCACGCUGCAGUAUAGUGUCCUAUGAAGGGGACGUGGUUUACGACAAAUUCAUCAACCCCGCCAUGCCUGUUACUGACUACCGCACCCGAUGGAGCGGCAUCCGGCGCAGUGACCUCACCAAUGCCACGCCGUACGCUGUGGCCAGGAAGGAGAUACUGAAGCUGCUCAUGGGAAAGGUGGUGAUCGGCCACGCCAUCCACAAUGACUUCAAGGUCCUCAGUUACUCUCACCCUGGAGUCUUGACCAGAGACACGUCUCGAAUCCCUCUGCUCAACCUGAAGGCCGGCUUUGCCGUUAACGACUGUGCCUCACUGAAGAGACUAACAAAGGCCAUCUUCAACCGUGACAUCCAGACCGGGAGGAAGGGACACUCUUCUGUGGAGGAUGCCAGGGCCACGAUGGAGCUUUAUAAAGUGGUGGAGGAGGAGUGGGAGAGGAAUCUGGCCUCCAAAGCACAGGCCACUUAGUGCCAGAUUUGAAGAAGCAACAUGGAAAUAAACUUUUAAGUUGA